UAUAAUUUUAUAACUUAGUUUUAUUUUCAAUUAUUAUUAAUGUUAUACUAUCUUAUUUUGAAUCGAAUCGGUAAUGUCGGUAAUAGAAUGACAUAAAAUGUAAAAGAGCUUAGUGUCCCUGAAGCAUGAGAUAAAAAAAUACAUUGAAGUUAAAACUAUUUUGUAUCUCGUUUGUGUCCAUAGAUUAGUUCAGUCGGUGAUAAAGGAAAUUUCAUAGUUAAAUUAUCGGUAAUUUAUGUUUAGCGUAAUAGAAUUUUGUAAGGUAGUAAAUAUAUCUUCUAUCUUUGGUAGAGCAAGAAAUGCUAACCAAUACGUAUUUAUUUUAAUAUUUUUAAAUUUAUAUAGUGAUUAAAAGAUUUUUAUGAAAUAAUCAGUAAAAUGUAUACAUAAUCAGUAAAAUAUUGCAUUGUACACAUAUGAUUUCAGUAAUCGUUUGCAAGAUAUGAUCUCAUUUCCUGUUAUAAUGUAUACAUAUAUGUAUAGAAUUUAGAAAUGGCAACUGGAGGUAGUAGUUUUAUAAGUAAACCAGCUAGAGGAUGGUUACAUCCUGAUCAUUUAGUGAGUAAAGAAGGAAUUACUUAUACUGUUAAAUAUAUAGGAUGUCUAGAAGUAUAUACAUCUAUGAAAAGUUUAGAUUUUGAAACAAGAUCUUGUGUUGCCAAAGAAUGUAUAAAUAGAGUUUGUGAAGCAGCUGGUUUAAAAUCUGCAGAUAAAAAAAGAAGGGUGGAUAGGAAAGUAUUAAGAGCAAUAGCAGAUAAACCUCGCAUGGAACAUACAGGUGCUACAAUAAAUUUAACUAUUAGUAGCUGCAGUUUAGCUUUGACUAACAUAGAAAAUGGACAUAUUAUUGCUAAACAUGAAAUGCCACGUAUAUCUUUUGCUUCAGGUGGAGAUACGGAAAUAUUGGAUUUUGUUGCAUAUGUUGCUAAAAACAUGCAAGAAUGGCGUGCUUGUUAUGUAUUAGAAUGUGGUGGAGGAUUAGCACAAGAUGUUAUAUCCACUAUUGGACAAGCUUUUGAAUUACGAUUUAAAGAAUUUCUUACAAAACCAGCUUCAUUACAUCCUAUAUUAAAUGGCAUACGAGAAGCAGACAGAGAUUAUUAUAAUGAUCUGCCAGGUAAAGUACCACCAGAUAUUGGUCCUCCACCAGUUCCACCUUUACCAACUUCAGCAUCAACUUUACCCAAUUUGAAACAUCAUCAUUCUGUUCAAAAUCAUAUAUCACGAAGCAAUGUACAAAAUUCUGGUUUACAUGAUACAUUUUCUAUCAGCUCUGAUAGACAUCAUCAACAAUGGGCAGAAACUGGUAAUUUAAUUGAUCUGAAUUCUGAUGGAACUUCAACAAAUUUCAAUAUUCCUCCUGAACAUAAUUAUGUAAAUGAUAGUGUUAUAGCAGCUACCAGAGAAAAUCAACGUGAUCAAACAUCACUUUUUGAUGUGUUUGAUAUGCAGCCAUUCAGUUCUGCAAUAUCAGAUAUGAAUAAAUUAAGUCCACAUUCUCAAAAGCAACAAUUAAAACAAGAGAUAUGGUUUCAUGGUAGCGUUAGUCGUGCUGAAGCAGAAUCAAUGCUAACAAGAGAUGGUGACUUUUUAGUUAGAGAAUCUCAAGGUUCGCCUGGACAAUACGUUCUUACUGGUAUGAAUAAUAGUACACCAAAACAUUUAUUACUAAUUGAUCCAGAAGGCGUAGUUCGCACAAAAGAUCGCGUUUUCGAUAGUGUUAGUCAUUUAGUAAAUCAUCAUUGUGACAAUGUAUUACCAAUUAUAUCAGCAGAUAGUGUUUUAGUACUUCGGUAUCCAAUUCCUAGACGUACGAAUAAUUGAUUUUUAUAUUAUAAUAUUGCACAAUAAGUAAGGUUCACAUUUGAUAUCGAUCAAUAUUGGAUAUAAAAUAUCGAUAUCGAAUAUGGUGCCUUCUAUAACAAAAAUUUUAUGUCAUGAAUACCUUGUUUUAAAAAGUAAGAAGCAAAAUAGAAAAGAGUUUAUUUCAUCUUAUUUUCGUUUCUAUAUUAGGAAGAGGAAUUAUUAAUAUCAAAAAUUCAUUUGUGAUUAAUAAUAUUACAAUAGACAGAAAACUAUAUUCAAAAUUUAAAAAAUUACUAUUAAAUAUUAAAUUAUAAUAUUCAAUCAACUUUUUAAUUAAGGUAUUUUUAUGUAACAAUUUUUUUUGUAACAAAAAAAAAAAUAUCUAUAAAAAAUAAGAAUAUUUACAAUAUGUUUUUAUUUAAUUUAUUGAUUUAAAUUUUUUAUAAAAUUUUUAAUAUAAUUACAUAAAAUCUUAACAUAACACAUAUGUAUAUUUAAAUAUUUGCAAAUAUUUUCAAAUUUAAAAAUUGUGACAAUAUAUGAAUGAAUUUCAUAUUAAACUUAAUAUACCAUUUAAAAUAUUUCAAUGCUACAUUUGUCAAAUAUUAACAAGAAAUUUGCUAAUUAUGAUCAAAAUCAAUUAUUCAAUAUAAUGCAAUAUAAAACCAAAUAUAAUUCUUUUCUAUUUACUCUAAUUCAAUUAACUUUUAUAUAAUCAAAAUGAAGUAUAUUCGUCACUACUACUAUUAUUAUUAUACUUCGAAAUGUGCCACAAUUUAAUUUUCUGAUUCGGUACUUACUGAAUAAAAUAAAACUAUAUUUCAAGUUUUGUAAUUUUAUCAUAUAGAUCGUAACUUUCAUAAAAAAUGUUUUUGUAAUUUCAUUUUAUAAUGCUCAUAAAAUAAUAAUAUCUAUAAAAUAUAUAUACAUAUAUUUUUACGAAUUUUGUAACGUCCCGAUAGUAUGAUGUUUUGAUCUGAUAUUUAUGAAAUAAUCUUCAUUUUUAAUCUCAAUUUUAAUAAAGAGAAUUAUAUAUUUAUAUUCUACUUAAAAUAUAACAACCAAACUGAAUUUUAUAUUCUGCAUAUUUAAUAUAUAUAUGAAUCGAAUCUCUAAAAAAUAUCACAUUUGCAUUUUUAUAUUAUGCGCUUGAAUAUGAUCCAUUGUAACGUUGUAAUUUUUAGUAUUAAAAUAUAUAAAUAAUAAUAUUUAA